CCCCCGGAGAGCCGGGCCCGGUGGCGGCGGCGGCGCCGUCAGUGCGGCAGCGGCGGCGGAGGCAGCGCCAUGGCGGAGGCGGCGGAGGGGCCGGCGCGGCGCGGCAAGAGGACGGCAGCCGAGCUAGGGGCCGCGGCGGAGGAGCCGGCCGAGACGGAGAGGGCGGCGCGGCGGCGGCGGAGUUUGCAGCCGGCGGCGGACAUCCAGGGAACCACUGUCCUGCACGACACCAUCAGCGACCGCCCGCAGCCCCUGCCAGCAAGGUACUUUGACACGAAGACCACAGAGCCCAUCAGCUUCUUCUUGACCGGCCUGGAGGAGCUGCUGGCCUGGCAGCCCAACAGCAAUGAUGAGUUCAAUGUGUCAGCUGUGCCUCUGGCCAAGCGCCAGCCCCCACUCCUCAGCAGGAGGCCCCGGACGCUGGUGUGCCACGACAUGCGUGGCGGGUACUUGGAGGACAGGUUCAUCCAGGGCUCGGCCACACGCAACCCCUACGUCUUCUACCACUGGCGCUACAUCGACAUCUUUGUCUACUUCAGCCACCACACUGUCACCAUCCCGCCCGUGGUCUGGACCAAUGCAGCGCACCGGAACAGCGUCCCUGUGCUGGGCACAUUCAUCACGGAGUGGACGGAUGGAGAGAAGCUGUGCGAGGCGUUCCUGGCUGGCGGGGAGGAGGCAUACGGCGCCGUGGCGGAGCAGCUGGCCCGCAUCGCCCAGCACUACCGCUUCGACGGCUGGCUGAUCAACAUAGAGAACACGCUGAGCCCGGCGGCGGUGGGGAACCUGCCCCUCUUCCUGCAGGACCUGACGGCACGGGUGCACAGCGCCGUGCCAGGAGGGCUGGUGAUCUGGUAUGACAGCGUCCUGAAGGAUGGCACAUUGAGGUGGCAGAACGAGCUGAAUGAUCAGAAUAGGAUGUUCUUUGAUGCCUGUGACGGGCUGUUCACCAACUACAACUGGAAGGAGGAGCAGCUGGAGCGCACGCAGAGGCUGGCUGGUCCGCGCCUAAACGACGUCUAUGUCGGCGUUGAUGUCUUUGGCCGUGGGGAUGUGAUUGGUGGUGGCUUCGACACUGACAAGUCCCUGCGCCUGAUCCGCCAGUAUGGCCUCUCUGCAGCCAUCUUCGCUCCUGGCUGGGUCUAUGAGCACCUGGGCAAGGAAAACUUCCUGCAGAACGAGAACAGGUUCUGGGGCUCGCUGGCAGAGUACCUGCCCACGCACAGCAUUUGCACACUGCCCCUGACCACCUCCUUCAGCCUGGGCAUGGGCACCAGCACAUUCCUGGAUGGGAAGGAUGAAGAGUCUGGGCCCUGGUACGAUCUGAGCGCACAGGACAUCCAGCCGCUGUACCCGGAGCAGCAGGGCACGCUGAGCACCAGCUGCUGCCUGCAGGAUGCCUGGUGUGGGGGCAGCUCCCUGCAGCUGCAGGGGACCAUUCCCCCCGGCGAGGAGCGUGUGGCUGUCCGCCUCUUCUCUUUGCAGAUGCCAGCCCCUCCCAAGCUCUUCCUGACCCUGCUCUACAAGCUGGGGGGGCCACAGCCUGAUGACUUCACAGUGGCACUGGAGGUCACCACCUGGGACUCAGGGAUGUGCUUUGAGGGCAACCCCACCUCCCUGCCCGAGCCCAAUGGCCGGUACCACCCCCGGUUCCUCCCGGCACCGCCGCCUGGCCUCGCCAAGCUGCUCGCCGCCUGCCACCGUGGCUCCCAUGGCUGGACCAGCCGGUGCUAUGAGCUGGAGCUGCAGGACUGCAGCCUACGAGACCUCUCCCUGAUUGUGUCCCGCCAGCAGCCCAGCCUGCAGGAGACAUCCUUCACCUGCCUCCUCGGGGAGGUGCGGGUGCUGGACACGGCCAGCGUGGCGGCCUCCCCGCCGCAGGUGCACAGCGUGAUGGCCUCGCAGCUCUGGUGGCAGGAGGGCCCCGAGCCCGAGCAGCUCUCGCUCAGCCUCACCCUGCGCUGGUCCUUCCCGCCUGGCCGUGCCAGAUGGUUCCGUGUCCUGAGCCAGGGCACCCGGUGCCGCCUGGGCCAGACAGCGCCGCAGGUGCUGGGGCUGGCGCAGGGCUGCCUGUUCCGUGUCGUGGGGCUGGCCGUGCCGCGGCCGGCGCCCGCACAGUCCUGCCGGCUGGAGCUGCUGGUGGAGCCGGUUCUGCGGGAUGAGCUGCCUGUGGACCCCGAGCUCUGGGGCCACCUCGUGCUGGUCUAUUCCGCACCAGGCAGUGGCACCAGCUCAGAUGGGCAUUAAAGCAACUGUGGUGCA